CUGGGGAGAGCAAGGCAGUUCCGAGGGAAGGAGUGUGCGAGGCAGGCAGCCCUUGAGGCUCUGCUCGCUCACCUUCCACUCUUCCUCCUUCUCUCAGUCAAUCUCUCUCUCUCUCUCUCUCUCUCUCUCUCUCUCUCUCUCUCUCUCUCUCUCUCUCUCUCUCUCCAUUUUCCCUCUCUCAAAUCAAUUUCGCCAAAGGAAGGAGGUAAGGGGAGUGCCCCCCCCCCCAAAAGCUACUAAAACUUCCACAGUCGGGACCGAGUGGUCGCCGGAUGGCCAUGGAGCUGCUGUGUUGCGAGGUGGACCCGGUCCGCAGGGCUGUGCCGGACCGCAACCUGCUGGAAGACCGCGUCCUGCAGAACCUGUUGACCAUCGAGGAGCGCUACCUCCCGCAGUGUUCCUAUUUCAAGUGCGUGCAGAAGGACAUUCAGCCGUACAUGCGCAGGAUGGUGGCCACCUGGAUGUUAGAGGUCUGUGAAGAACAGAAGUGCGAAGAGGAAGUCUUUCCUUUGGCCAUGAAUUAUCUGGACCGUUUCUUGGCUGGAGUCCCGACUCCUAAGACCCAUCUUCAGCUCCUGGGCGCAGUGUGCAUGUUUCUAGCCUCUAAGCUCAAAGAGACCAUCCCGCUGACUGCUGAAAAGCUGUGUAUCUACACCGACAACUCUGUGAAGCCCCAGGAGCUGCUGGAGUGGGAACUGGUGGUGCUGGGCAAGCUGAAGUGGAAUCUGGCUGCCGUCACCCCUCACGACUUCAUCGAGCACAUCCUGCGCAAGCUGCCCCAGCAGAAAGAGAAGCUGUCCCUGAUCCGCAAGCAUGCGCAGACUUUCAUCGCUCUGUGUGCUACCGACUUCAAGUUUGCCAUGUACCCACCAUCGAUGAUCGCCACUGGAAGUGUGGGAGCCGCCAUCUGCGGGCUUCAGCAGGAUGAAGAAGUGAACACACUCACGUGUGAUGCGCUGACCGAGCUGCUGGCCAAGAUCACCCACACUGAUGUGGAUUGUCUCCGAGCCUGCCAGGAGCAAAUCGAGGCUGUGCUGCUCAACAGCCUGCAGCAGUUCCGUCAAGAGCAGCAUAGCGGAUCCAAGUCUGUGGACGAUCUGGACCAAGCCACCACCCCUACAGACGUUCGGGACGUUGACCUGUGAGGACGCCGUUCGGGGCCCCCGCAAGAGAGAGGCGUGUUCGUCAUCUGCUCGCCCCUUCUCUCUCUAGUUAUGCUUUGUUCUUUGUGUUUUAGGAUGAAACUUAAAAAAAAAAUAUCUGCCCCCACCUAGAUCGUAUUUAAAGAUCUUUUAGAAGUGAGAGGAAAAGGCCCUAUAAUUGAAAUGCUUGCGGUGCCUGUUCAAAGUACAGCAAUAAGGGGAUCCCUUGUCCAAGCGAACGGUUGUUGUUUGAUGAUGGAAAAGUUAUAGUAAGGUGCUUACAGGAGAAUGCGCAGGCUAGCUCGAUUACGUACACCUGCAAUAUUGGAAUAAGUUAGAGGAAACUGUCUUUUGUGCUCGUGAACUAGUCCAUAUGCCCCUUUUAGUAGAAUUGCAAGGAGCCGUGGAUGCCAGUAAGGCAUGCAUGAUUAGAUUGCAAAGCAGUGAGCGCAAGAAGGAAUCAGAAGCAAGAAGGGACGCGCUGGGGAGGUUGCACAAAACUACCUGUCCACAUGGCUGAACCAUUUUGGAUGUAAGAAGCGCCUUUGACACCUCACCACGUGUUACCAAGACUUAGCAUGGUGGGGUCUCUCCGUUGCAUUCUCUCGCUGUCUACAGUAGCUGCUAUCUAAGGGAUAUGUCUUUUGCCAGUUGGACACAGGUGAUUGGCUCCUAAGUCUCAUAUUUAGUGAGUUUGUGCUUCUUCCUCCAAACAUGGUUCAUUGCAGAUGUACCUACUGCUAUCUAAUGGAGGGAAUUAGCUCUGGGUCGUGACCAAAACUCAUCUAAAUGGGGGCAGAUGGAGACCACAAGUAAAUCUGAAACAAAGCUCUCCUGUGUAAUGGAAGAGGGCGAGGCGAUCUUUAAUCCCUUAUUAGGAAAACAACAGCUUAGCUUCUGGUGCUGACUGGCAUGUCUGGUCCACAAUUUAACGUUGUGAUAAACCAUUCCAUUAGAAAAGCACUUUGAAAAAUUGUUCUGGGUUGGGGUGGUGAGGGGGGGAGGUGGGUAGAUGGGAUGGUUUAUGCAAUCACGUUGAAUACUCCUUCCUUCUUUGCCCCUCCCCUCCCUGUCCCCUUCCUAUUAGUCACUUCUGGAGUCUGAUGUUCUGGUACCUAGCUCUGGUGUCCCUACCAGGACUAAGAGAUCCUUCCCUGACAUUCCCAUCCCAGCCUAAAAACAAAGGUUUAAACCAUUCUGGUGGCAUAGAAGGACUGAAUCCCCAUCUGUAAUUUUCUUCUUUGGACAUGAAAAGAAACAUCAGGGUGCGGCAUUUUGUUACCUUUUCUGUUUUGGGGUUGUUCUUUUUUUUUUCUGUUUGUUUGUUUAAUUUUACUGCAAAGUUGUAUUCAUCGUACUUGAAUUUUUCCUCUCCUACUUCUUUGAGGCAAAUGGAAGUUGGAGCCACAGUUGUCAAUUGACAGGUAAUGAAGCUAUUUGUUAAAAUAUUUGCCUUUUUUUUUAAAGAUAAAAGAUCAGAACAGGGCUGCUUUGAAGAAAGAAUUUCAUACACAGGCUCUGCCUUGUUUCGUAGUGUGAGGGUUGAAGAUGGAGAAACAGCUAAAGGUCUCUUAUCUUCUGUUUUCUUUUGUUCUGUUUAUUAUUAUUUUUCGCUGCUAAGCUGAGAUCAUUCAUCCCUAUUCACAUUAACAGUACCUAGCUGUAAUGUUUCACGGUGUGCUGCUAUUUUAGAAACAUUGUUAUAAUAUAUUAUUUUACUGCUUAAAUUUCAAGUCCCGGAGUAGAUGGUUGAGAUGAGUUCUUUGUACUGGAAAGGCUUUCCUCAGUUAUUUCCUUCAGGUAGCGUAGCAUGGUUCUAUUUCAUAUGUUUUGUUUCUCUCCUUUCCGUUCAUGGAUCUCCCCUGCCCCUGUCACGUUCUUCAAAGAGAGUAUGCUUUACCUCAGGUUUACUGGACAAAAUCAAUAACGAUAACAAUGUACGUUUUUAUUUUCACGAUACCUCGCAGCUAUACAGUUUCUAUUGGGAAGGCCGCUAGCAGGAGGCAUGGGGCAGAGGGCAGGCAGAAGGUGGAAGCUGGGCAUCCUCCUAGGUGGAAGGCAAAAGGGAUCUGACCCUAGGGUCUUGCGCCCGGGGAUCUUCUGCCUCGAAGGUCACCAGGUUCCCCUUUGACCCAGGCUCCCUCCUCAUGAUAAAAACAUGCCAAAGGGCUCCUCCGCAAGAGGCACUCGGCAAACACAGGCAGUGGACCGGGCAAGCCUGAUUUGCAUGUAGUCCACCUGGAUCAGCAAUCAAGAAUUCCGGCAGACAGUUAGGACACACACACACACACACACACACACACCUUGUAGCCCAUCUGGAAACAGGACUUUCUUCCUCAUAGAGCCCCUUCAUCAUGAAAGUUGACCAGAUUAGUUCUCCUUGGCACUGAUACCCCAACGUAGGAUGGCCUUCAAAGUCUUCCUAGGACAGAGUCUGUGGUGCUGAGUCUGCGGCAUCCAUUUCUCACUCCAGUCCUCCACGGUGGCAGGCAAGCGCUGUGCAGGCCCAGGGUGUCUGUGGGCGGCAUUGAAUGGCUUCAGGUUUUGAGUCCCAUUGAGUGGGUCAGAUAGGAAGCGUGGGUUGAAUGAGUUUGGGAUGCACACCGAAAGGGAGCGAGAGGCCGUUCCUCUGGUCUCAAGUGUAUUUAGAAAGGAUCGGGACUUGGGGAGUUAGCAUGACCCUAAAAUUCUAGGGGGUUUGUGGUAGAACCGUGGGUGACAAAUUGGGAAGUGUGACGUGGGGGGUGGGAGAGGGAUCAGCCUGCAGCUAGCCAGUGUUUAUCCAGAGCUCACACUGCACACAGCCCAUACUCCUGGUCUUGCCUGAUAGACACAAUCCCUUGAGUUCUUGGGCACCUGAGGUACCUGAUGAGUUACAUGGGGCACGCAUGACCUUGGGGUUUAGCAGGAUACAGAAUGAAGGAAACUGACCCAGCAGAGAAGGAACAGGCUACUGUCUGCCCCUCCAGUCCUCUCAUCUGGGAUGGAGAGGACACUUCCUGUCUGCCAUCCUCGGAGCCUGUCUGAUGGAGGGUGCAGAGCGGCUGUUCUCCCUGCUCUUUGCUUACACAAGGUGGGGAGCCUUGAUUCCUUGGUGAUCGAUACCCUCUGCUUAAAUCUGGGUCUCCAUGGUAAUAUUUUUGUCCCAAAGGGGUAUAAAUCACCCUGUGGAUUUCAGCUUGCUCCCUCACCCCCUUCACGUCCUUCAAAAGGGAUUGCAGACUCUGAUCUUUUUCUGCCUUGAUAACAAACUCUUCUUUGUUUUUUUUUUCUUGUUGUUUGUUCUUUCUCCAUCUGUGGGGGCUAAGUUGGUCCCCCAGCUUGCCAAAUUUUGAUCUUUCCCUGUUUUGACCAAAUCCUAGUGGGGAGAAAACCCUAAUAUGCCAAAAAUAAUAUGCUAAGCAUUAGGAGAUUCAUAACAGUUCCUAGUAGCCAGGCAGCCAGCAAGAGGACAAAGGCUGACCAUUCAUCGAGGAGUGAGAUCCUUCUAGAAGAGACAGCUUUUAGGGGUUGCUUUGGUGUGCCCCAUCCCCAGGACACCAUGAAAGCACGGGACACAUCUUGGAGGCAGUUAAUCUUAAAGUGUGUGCCAACCAAAACAGACACCUCUCUAGCAGCUCCCCAGGCUAGAGGUAUAUGGAGCU